AUGUCUAAAGCUCUCAAGGACAGUCCUCCAUCUCUUUUAGAUUUCUCUCAACAGUGGCCAAUCAUGGAAAGUAUUUGCUCAGGACCGAGCUUUCGCGAUAUUGUCAGCCUAUCCAGAACUUCGAAACGGGUUUCAAUCUUGCCAGAAACGAUGUCGAGGACUCAAUUAAACAUCAACUCUAUUCUCAAACACUUCUUUAAAGACCCCGAAACGCUCAGAUUAAAAAUGGCACAAACCAAUGCGAUUAUCUCCUGGUAUUAUAUCAGACGCGAUGAUAAAUUUUCAUCUAGCCACACGCUCAUUCGUGUUACUCACGCACUGAUACCAUCUAUUUUAGCAGCUCUAGGGUGCUUUCCGGAUACCUCGUCGGCAAACUAUAUUACAUGGAGCAAAGCAUACUCACUGUUUCCUAACUCAGUGCUUAGGCACGAAGCAUUAUGGUUGUAUGGACCUCAUCCUGGUUAUGAUCAGAUGAUGCCUAAAUAUGUUAAAAAUGGAUGGAAGUUAAUUAUGCCUUCACCACUCGAAUACAGCCGAACGUCCUCAGAAACAAAGAAGGCAAUGGAAAGCGACACUACCAACAUUUCAUACCAGAUACCUUCCGAUGGAUUGGCGACAAGCACACUUGGACAAUAG